AUGUCCCGCUUUAGCCACCUUCAAGAGGAAGAGUGGAAGGCCAAGAAACAGCUGGCGUCGCCGUCGCGACCUACGUUUGUAGAUGCAGAUGUGAAGAGGUCUGGCUAUACAUGGGGACAACUGGAAAAGAUGGCCCAGGAUCGAAAUGACAAAAUUGGGCGGUACGGACUCUGUGCAGAGGAAGAGGAAGAGGAGGGCUCGCUCCAAACUGAAGAGGAAGAGGAAGGGGUGCGCUCCAAACUGAAGAGGAAGAGGAAGAGGAAGAGGAAGAGGAGGGCUCGCUCCAAACUGAAGAGAAAGAGGAAGAGGAAGAGGAAGAGGAGGGCUCGCUCCAAACUGAAGAGGAAGAGGGAGAGGAAGAGGAGGGUGCGCUCCAAACUGAAGAGGAAGAGGAAGAGGAAGAGGAGGGUGCGCUCCAAACUGAAGAGGAAGAGGAAGAGGAAGAGGAAGAGGAAGGGGCGCGCUCCAAAUUGUUGCGAAAACACACAAUACCAGAGGCGGUUUUACCAAUAG